AUGUCGACGCCCUCGAUGAAGACGCUGCUCCUCUCCUCCCUGCUCUACAGCACAAUCCAUGCCUUUGUGCCCCUAAACAUCCACCCUCCCAUCGACAACAACGAUCUACAACGUCACGCCCUCCCCUCGGAACUCGAACUCGACACCGCGCACUGGGUUCCCAUCGCGACCCUCGCACCCGUUACGUCGAUCCCCACGUCGACGCCAACGCCGACACCCGCACCACACUCUUCGAACGACGACGACGACAUCAUCCUCCCGUUGGGCCUGGACGCAUUCGCGGUCCCGGAGCUCAAGAAACGACAAGGCGCCCCGGUGGCCGCCCCAGACGCCCAACCGACGGCGGUCGGCCAGAUCAGCCCCAUCACGACGUACUACAUCAACAGUGAGGUGGCGCCGGGGUCGUUCGCCCAGGUCCCCGUCGUGUACACGCAGACGUUCGCCCCCGUGCCAGAUCAGUGGCCCAGCCCUGUGCCGGGGACGAUCGGCCUGGGCACCAUCCAGGGUACGGUCGGGCAGGUGAGGAGUAAGCGGGCGGUGGUGCUGGCGGAACCGACACAAGCUCCCUUUGCCGGUGAUCGGGGCGAAGAUACCACCGAGCUGGAAAUGGAGGUGCGGAAGCCGCAGACCUGGAGUGCGUGA